AUGCUGCUUUCUGAAUGGUCAGAGGAUAAUUUGCCUGAGCAGAUUGAAUUCAAGGGCAGCGUCAGCACCUCUCAGUCCGCAUUUGUCCAGCUGCCAGGCUCACCGGUCAUGUCCGGUUACUAUGGUGUCAGAAGAUCUUUCCUAUCUGACUCAGACUUCCACAACAGUAAACAGUUUUCAAAUGACGUCUACUCCUCCAGCGUGGCGAAGCCCUUUCCCUGCGAGCCUUCGGCUGGGCAGAGCCAUGCGGCCCUCCUGGAGUCCUACUUCCCGGAGCCCUACGGAGACCACCGCCCGCCUGCGCUGGCACCCAACACUGGCUCGCUGUUCAGUGCCUCGCCCCUGCCACCUCUGCUGCCGCCACCCUUCCCCAGCGACCCGGCUCACUACGUGUUUAGGGACUCAUGGGAGCAGACGGUGUCAGAUGGUCUCAGCCAGCCAGAGCCCAUGCCCGCCGACACCCUGCAGACCUUGCCACCCAGCACAAGCUGCCUCUCCCAGCUGGACCCUGGGAGCACUGCCCAGCACAGGGGCUCCAGCUGGGGUUCCUCCCUUGCUGGGGCCCAGUCCUACUCGCUGCAUACGCUGGAGGAUCUGCACCACACGCCGGGGUACCCGACCCCGCCUCCUUACCCCUUCACCCCUUUCAUGACGGUGCCAAACGACCUCCCACCCAAGGUGCUGCCCAUCUCCCCUGAGGAGGAGGCAGACACUGCUUCCCUUCAGGACCCUGCACCUUGGUCGAAAGACGAUGGGAGCAUUGCCUGGGGGUCGUAUGAGUGCCGCAGAGCUUACUGA